AUGCCUACCACCCAGGUCACCCCAACGGAGGAUGUUCUGCUGCAAGGGAUUGCCGAGUCUCUUUUCAAAGCCCGAAAGGUCGUGGUCAUUACGGGCGCAGGCAUCAGUACCAAUUCGGGCAUUCCUGACUUCCGCAGCGAAAACGGGCUUUACUCCCUGAUCCAAGCCCAGUUCGAUGCCGCAAAUCGGGUGGACGUUGUCGAACCGAGGGGUUUUGGGUCAGCUGAUGUCAAUCGCGAGGAACGAGAACCGCCUGCGAAACGGAGGAGACUUUCAUUCGAGGAUUCGGGCAUUUGCCUAAGUGACGACUCGCAAGACUCACAAAUUUCGACAGACGCGGAGAGGUUUAGGUCGAACGCAGUCGGCACACCUUCUCAAGCGUCCGUUUUGCAGGGCCACAGCUCAACCGUGGCAAGGUCUACCGGCCCCGUCACAAGAGCGAGGUCAAGGGAGUCCACCGUGGAUGACAGGAGCGCGCGACAAAAUAUCCGUACCGAUGAUGCACUCAUUACGGACGACGGAGCCAUCUUCACCAGAUCAUCUAUGGAGAUCACGAGAGCUCAGUCUUCACCCCCGGACGAGGGGCCCCGGAAGGACCUGGAUGCUAUUAGAUGUCUUGGCGCCUUGGAAGCUCACAGUAGCCCAGCACAGACCGACAGAGCUGCCCGCAGCUAUCUUCGGAGGAGGGGAAGAUCUGCAAGCCCUUGUGCCCAGCGAGCCAACGCUUAUCAGGCGAGCUCUGCUGAGAUGCGUAAGAGGUCUCUGCUGACAUCUACCGUUGCCUCUGUGCCAGGGACUGAAAGUAAUGAAGCAGUCAUCUCAACUUCAGGUCCCAACCGGCCCAGUGUUACCCUCUCCAAGGCUGGUGUGCAGUUGGAGGAAGGGCAUCACUCCUUUGACCCAACUUUAAAAACUUCCGUCCACAUUACACCAAAAGCUUCGAGAUUCUUCUUCAGCUCCUCGCCUCUGUCGUCGCCACCAAGCAUAUUUCCGCAAACACCCACUUUCCAAAGAGACACAGACCGCUUCACACGAUCAACUCUACGACAGCAGCCAAUGGGUUUCAGUUCCUCGCCAUUGUCAUCACCUCCGCCAGUCUUAUUCGACCCCUUCAAGGAGCGGUCGUCAUCAACCAGUAGGCAGGCAUCGAGUGUGGCUAGCAGCGUAGCAUCUUCGGAAACCGACGAAACCCCGCCGUCCUCGCAGCCUAGCAAGUCGAUUUUGCCCAACAUUAAAGGCAGAGAUCUAUUCGAUGCCUCAAUAUGGGCGGAUCCCUUGAGAACAUCAGUGUUUUAUACCUUCGCCACAACUCUCCGAGAGAAGAUCAAAGAUGUAGAGCCCACGGAAUCUCAUCAUUUCAUUGGUCAUCUACGCAAUCGUGGGAAAUUGGUGCGAUGCUAUACGCAGAAUAUCGAUCAAAUUGAGGAGAAGGUUGGUCUUUCCACCUCACUUCAGGAAGGGCCGGGGCAUCGGGGCCGCUUCUCUAGGAAAUCUGUCGGGGCCGUCUUGGCGACGGCAGCAACGGGGAGCUCGUUAUCAGAGCCUGUUUCCGCAACACCAGAAGCAAACGAGUCGAAAGACUUGGAUGAAUCACGAGGGUCCGGCAGUGGCGGGGUUGCCGAAUCGGCCGACGCGACCGCCUCGGCCGAGCCACAGGCCCAGCAGCACGUCGACAAGAAGUCCAACGGCGUGGAAUGUGUUUUUCUGCAUGGAUCACUGGAGUCUCUCAGGUGUUUCCUUUGCGGCAAGAUUUGCGACUGGGAUGAAGCUGACCGAUCACACGAAACUCUCUCAGGGCGACAGCCGGAGUGCCCUUAUUGUGCGGGAGCAACGGCUGCGCGGCAGGAGAGGGGCAAGAGAGCGUUGGGUGUGGGCAAGUUGAGACCAGACAUCGUACUUUACGGCGAAGAACACCCGAACGCCCAUCUCAUUUCACCAAUCGUCACCCAUGACCUGGGACUCUCCCCGGACCUUCUCCUCAUUCUCGGCACGUCGCUGAAGGUCCAUGGCCUGAAGAUCCUUGUUAGGGAGUUCGCCAAGACCAUCCACAGCAGGGGUGGCAAAGUCGUCUUUGUCAACUUCACCAAGCCCCCAGAGAGUUCAUGGGGGGAUAUUAUCGACUACUGGGUCCAAUGGGACUGCGAUGCAUGGGUAUCUAACCUGAAGGAGAGAGUACCCUUGCUCUGGUUGCCGCCCGGCACAAAGUUACCCAAGAAGAAGAAGGAGAGCAACGAAAAGAUGAGGAAACGCCAGAGCUCUGCGGAUGAGAAGCCAAGGAUAGAGGCUGUAAAACCAUCCGCGACAUCGUCCACGGAUCUACCGCACGAGUCGCAAUCGGAGACGACACUGAAGCCUGAAAAGUCUUGCAAGGCUUCUGAGUUUUGUACGGCUCAGAAGCCGGACAAACUAGUCAAGAUCGAACGUCUGAUGACACCACCGGAGAUUGCUGCCCCCAAGAAUACACCUCAGAGGCCAAUGGCAGUUCGUGACGACAAGACGAAUGCUGCUUGGGUGACAUGGAAGGUGAUGGCUGAACUUCGCCGUAUUGUAGGCAGCAUUCCUCCGACAACAUCGGCAUCCCCUGUGGCCCUCCGUGUUGAAAAGGCAAAGACCAGGCGACCAAAAAAGUCUGCAUCGGCUGCUAUAUCGCGGCCAUCUCCAAUUCUCCCAGACCAGCCGGGGGAGAGUUUCCAGCGGAGACCAAUUGUGGCAGAGAUGAAGCAGGAGAAUGGCCCACCGGAGCUGAUCCUGAAUGAAAGUGUUGGUGCGCAAUUGGCCAUGCCAGGCGCCGCGGAAAGCUCCAUCUUUGCCGCUGUCAAAAUCAAUCCUCGGAUGCGGAAACGAAAGACGAUUGACGGCGAAGAGAUUUUCGUGCCUGGCAUGCUGCGUCCCGUCGCUGUUCGCCCUGCGUCACUUGCUAAAGCGCUCCCGCGGCCGACUCCACGACGAAUCAAGUCAACACAAGUCAAAGAGAGGCCGGUCGUUGUGUCGCCCAAGAUUCUCUCAGACAUUCAACAUCCAUCUAUGGACUCGCUCACGUUGCCACCUCUUCAAACGACCAAUGCACCCGCCGCUUCGUUGUCGAAACCUCAACCAAUGGAACCUCUUAGUUCCCCCGCGGGUCCAUUGUCGGCCAUCUCGUCUAAUACGCAGACUCGCAUCGACCCACGGAUCGCAAACCCCUUCUUUCUGUCGGACCCCCUCCUGUUAAGACUGAUCCAGGCGCCGGACUGGACCCCACCUCAAACCCAUGGUUUCAAGCCGCCCAAAGUCGAAAGAUAA